AUGACCACACAUCCAUAUUACCCAGUAGAUCUGAUCAUUCCGAAUUACAUUCCAACUCAAAGAACCACACUGGAGAUCUUAGUCGCAGUUGGAGUUAUUUUUACUCUCUUGUUGAGCUUAUGUUAUUACAGCGUUACCAGCGAAACAACUUCAGUCAAACGCUUUACGUGGUUUACGAUAUGUGGAUUAUUACAUCUUGGUUUUGAAGGGUAUUGGCUGUACAAUAAAGAUAGCAUUGCUAUAAAAACUGAUUUACUUGGCGAAAUGUGGAAAGAGUACGCCCGAGGAGAUUCACGUUACAUGGUAGCUGAUGAGCUAUUGUUCAUAUGGGGCCCACUAUGCUGCAUUUCCGCAUAUUAUAUCUGGCGUGGUUCUCCUAAGCAAUAUAUUUUCCAAAUGGUUGCGUCGCUGUGUCACUUAUUCAGUUGUUCGUUGUACUAUAUUAUGGACUUACCAAAUGCACCCAACUGUGAUCCCCAAGCUUUAACGUUUUGGAUAUAUUUUGUAGCCUUCAAUGCUCCAUGGAUUAUUGUAAGAUAUUUGUUGUCUUUA